GCAGCUCUUCCAUCGUGAGCAACUCAUUUCCGGCAAGGAGGAUGCGGCCAACAACUUCGCCCGUGGUCACUACACCAUUGGCAAGGAGAUCGUCGAUCUCUGUCUUGAUCGUAUCCGGAAGCUUGCUGAUAACUGUACUGGUCUGCAGGGCUUCCUCGUGUUCAACGCUUGUGGUGGUGGUACCGGUUCUGGCUUGGGCUGCCUCAUUCUUGAGCGCCUCAGUGUCGACUACGGCAAGAAGUCGAAGCUCUCCUUCACUAUCUGGCCCUGUCCUCAGGUCUCUACUGCGGUAGUAGAGCCUUACAACACAGUGUUGUGCGUCCACUCUCUUCUCGAGCACACUGAUGUCACUUGCCAGAUGGAUAACGAGGCCCUUUAUGAUAUCUGCCGUCGAAAUCUCGAUAUUGAGAGGCCCACCUACACCAACCUCAACCGUCUGAUUGCUCAGUGCAUCAGCUCCCUCACCGCCUCUCUCCGUUUCGACGGUGCCCUCAACGUGGAUGUUACCGAGUUCCAGACCAACUUGGUGCCCUACCCUCGUAUCCAUUUCAUGCUCACGUCAUAUGCUCCGGUCAUCUCUGCCGAGAAGGCCUAUCAUGAACAGCUCUCUGUCGCCGAGAUUACCAACUCCGUCUUCGAGCCCGCUUCCAUGAUGGUCAAGUGCGACCCUCGUCAUGGCAAGUAUAUGGCCUGCUGUAUGAUGUACCGUGGUGACGUUGUACCUAAGGACGUUAACGCCGCAGUUGCUACCAUUAAGACUAAGAGGACUAUCCAGUUCGUUGACUGGUCCCCUACUGGUUUCAAGUGUGGUAUCAACUACCAGCCUCCCACGGUCGUCCCAGGUGGUGACCUCGCUAAGGUUAUGCGCGCCGUGUGCAUGAUCUCCAACUCCACCGCCGU